AUGGGGGCUGAGCCCCCGGCAUCUCGUUGGAGGCAACUCAUGGAUCGAGUGCGCCGAAGCCUGUUGCCAGAGAGCAAUGGCAAGACCGAUGAGGCGUUGGAAGUGGCGGAACUUGCCAGCAGCACGGCGCUCCACCUUUUCAGGCAGCGAUCAAUCUUGCAAGAAGAGUGGAUUGCUUCCUUCCAGCCGGGCAGGGCUUCCUUGCCGACUCUGCUGGCUUUGGGGUGUCCUCCUCCGAGGGGGGCCGGGCAUCCAGCGGCCAAGUCGGAGGACAUCUGCUCAGGCAGAGUGAAAGUGCGGACGACGGUAGCUAAGAAGCACAGGCUCAAUGCCAAGCUGAAGAAGCAAGCCGACGAGGAUCAGACCCACGUGCACUUGGGCCACUACCUCGCGUAUGUCCGCACUGAGCUGGACCAAGAAGCCUCGUGCUUGGAGAUGCCCUGGACCAUGAUUUUGCUGCUCUCGUUUGCGGUGGUGAUGUUCAUGCACUUGCGGCCCGACCAGGUUCUCGUGGUGGAAAACGCCUGGAAAACCGAUAUCGAAGAGAACGCUAACUUCGCCUGGUCCGAGCAUUUCGGCCACAAGACGGUGUAUGACGUUGACUCCAUUCCGGAUUUCUGGGCGUGGUUGCGCCUGGGGAUGCUGCCGCUCCUUGGAAACACCUGGCUUUGGUCUGAAGGACGACUGGACGCUGCCUAUGCAGCGACUCCAUUCAGCACGCCGGAUCUUCCGACGGUUUUGGAUUUGUCCUAUGGGAUCUUCGCCGACGAGCCCUGGGGCAACGCCAGCCUCCCCGUGCGCGGAGACUUCCUCCACUUCAACCGCAUUGUUGCAGGCGUCCGCCUCCAGCAGGAACGAGCUAUCGGCAGUUGGGAGGCCUGCCAUGUGCCAACCAGUAUGCCAGAAGACCUCUGGAAGCGCUGGCUUGGAAAGCCUUGCAUGCUGGCCACCCCUUCGUACUUCCUCCGCCCUGAGGUGCACUGGGCACACAGCUUCCACUCGCCGCAGCGAGUGGAGUGGAUGCUCUCCGGGUCCCUGCAAGAGCUGCAGCAGAUGACCUUGGACAUGGAGGAUGGGGCUGUGCCAGAGGUGGGCCCUGCAGAUGUCAGACCUGCCAAGGCGGAGCUCAGACGGUUGGAGGCGCAUCUUUGCCGGCUCCGUGGCUCGAUGACUACACGCAGAGGGUCGAGCUCAGCACAGUGGCGUACAACCAGAACUAUGGGCUUCUUUCCAAGGUGA